CCAAUUUUCGGCUGUAAAUCCCAUAAAUAUUCCGUUCAACUGCGUUUCUUCCUUCUCAGUCAGUGAGAAAUGGGACAGGUGUUGGCCAGCAUUCAAGAUAGGUUCCACGGGAAGGAGUGGAAGGAGAGGCAGAUCAGGAAGAUCAGUGACAAGGUGUUUGACCGAAUCAAGGACGAUUUGGGACAGAGAAGCCUCGCCUUUGAGGAUCUCUACAUCGCUGUUCUCAUCGUAUACAAUGACAUCAAUAAGUACUUACCUGGGCCUCAUAAUGAUCCCCCGUCCAAGGAGAAGCUGAAAUUAAUGAUGCAGAAGUAUGACUGGAAUCUAGAUGGGGAGCUGGACCGGGAGGAGUUUGCAGAGUUCAUUCAGUCCCUGACAGCCGACACCGUCACCGCUGUCGGCCGGAAUCUUAUAAUCGCGCUGGUGAUCGCUCCGGCGCUGGCUUUGGCGGCGAAGAGAGCAACGGAGGGUGUUCCGGGAGUGGGUAAGGCGAUGAAGAAGGUGCCUAACUCUAUUUACGCCUCCAUUGUCACUCUUGCUGUUAUUCUGUUUCAGAAGGAUGGUGAAGAUUCUGAGGCUUAUGACUGAUGAUGAAGAGAGAACAGCUUAAUUGGCUUUUAUGUUUUGCCAAUUCAGUGUAUCAUAAUAAGAAUACAUUUGUGAUGUCAAAAAAGAAAAAAAAAAA